GCUAAAUGAUGGCGUCUGUUUCAGAACUCCUCGCAAACUCACUGAAUGAACUAAUAAAAGACCAACUCAAAGAGUUUCAGUGGCAUCUGAAGAACCUUGAUGGUGUUUUAGCGUCUAAACUGGAGAACGCAGAUGUCUUAGAUACAGUCGAUAAGAUGGUGCAGCGUUUUAAACCCAACGGAGCUGUGAAGAUCACACUCAACAUCCUGAGGAAGAUGAACCAGAACCAGCUCGCUGAAGAGUUAGAGAACAAACACAGAGAAGGUGCUGCUCCAGUUGACAGUAAAGCUGUUGAUCUUGGUCACAGUGAGCUCAGCAACAGACUGAAGAACUUCUUGAAACAGGAAUAUGAGCGGAUAUUGGAUGGUAAUUCAGACACUGGUCAUCGGAAAUACCUGAAUGAUAUUUACACGGAUCUCUACAUAGUGAAGAAUGAGACGGGCGGAGCAGUGAGUGAGCAUGAAGUGAGACGAAUUGAAUUAAAUCUCAACAAAUCUGCCGCCACGGACACGGCAAUCAAGUGUAAUGACAUAUUUAAAGUCCAGAGUGAGACGGGUCGACGCAACAAAAAAGUGCUGACGAUGGGCAUCGCAGGUGUGGGCAAAACCGUCUCCGUCAAUAAAUUCAUUCUUGACUGGGCUGAAGGGAAAGAGAAUCAGGAAAUCAUGUUUAUUUUUCCUCUGCCCUUCCGUCAACUGAACUGCAUUCAAGAGGACUGCAGUGUAAUGGAACUGAUUCACAAAAACUUCUUUAGUUCUGAUAAGGAACUUCCAUCACUGCCUGAAGAAGAAGGUCAAGUCAUGUUCAUCUUUGACGGACUGGACGAGUGUCGCUUCCCUUUGAAAUUUAAGAAGAGCGAGAAAUUCACAGAUGUUCACGAAAAAACAAAAGCGGGUGUGAUAGUUACCAACCUGAUCAAGAGAAACCUGCUUCCCUCUGCUCUCAUCUGGAUCACGUCCAGACCGGCAGCAGCCCAUCUAAUCCCUAGAGAUCACAUUGACCAGGUGUCAGAGGUCCGAGGAUUCAACGAUGAACAGAAGGAAAAAUACUUCAUCAAAAACAGCUGUCCUGAUGUGUCCGAGAAAAUCGUCUCUCACAUCAAGACAUCCAGAAGUCUCUACAUCAUGUGUCACAUUCCCGUCUUCUGCUGGAUCGCUCUCGGUGUUCUCAAACCUCUGUUGACUCAAAGGAAACCCGACAAAAUUCCCACGACUCUCACAGGGAUGUACAUUUACUUCUUACUCUCUCAGAUGGAACAGAUGACGAAAAGAUGCAAUCAGUGUGUUGUUUCCUUUGAAGAUGUUGUCGUGAAGCUCGGGGAACUGGCCUUCAAACAGCUUCAGAAAGGAAAUCUGAUUUUCUACAGAGAAGAUCUUGAGGAGUGCGGUCUGGAUGUCAGUGAAGGUUUGGUUUUCUCUGGGCUAUGCACUCAGAUAUUUCAGACAGAAAAGCCAGUUUGUGGGAGGAAGGUCUACAGUUUUGUGCAUCUCAGCGUUCAGGAAUUCCUCGCUGCCCUCUAUGUGCUUUUCAUUUACAAAGACAGAAAAAGAAACCCAUUCUCACACACGCUGGGGGAAAAACUUAAAUGGAUAUUCAAAAAUUCACCGUUUGAUCAUCAUAAGACUGCAAUUAAAAAUGCUCUUCGCAGCAAGAACGGACAUCUGGAUGUGCUCCUGCGGUUCCUCAUGGGUCUCUCACUCCAGUCCAAUCAGAAUGACCUGAAGGAACUUCUGCCCACACUGAAGAUCACAGAUGAAGAUGAUAAGAGCUUGAGACGCACUGCUGAUUAUAUCAGAAUGAGAAUCGAGAACGAAGAAUCCUCAGAGAAGAGCAUCAAUCUCUUCCACUGUCUGAAUGAACUGAAAGAUGUUUCGCUGAUAACAGAAAUCCAGAAGUAUUUGAUUGCAGGAGAUCUUUCAGCUCCAGAUCUGUAUUCUGUUCAGUGGUCUGCUCUGGUGUUUGUGCUGCUGAUGUCUGAAGAGACUCGAGAGAUGUUUGAGCUGCAGAAAUACAGAGGAUCUGAUGAAGCUCUGAAUGGACUUCUGCCGGUGAUCAGAAACACCAGUAGAGCUCUUUUACAGAACUGUAAUCUCACGGAUGAGUGCUGUGAAAGUUUGUCUUCAUGUCUGCAAUCAUCCAAGUGUCUCCUGAGAGAGCUGGACCUGAGUAACAAUGAUCUUCAGGAUUCAGGAGUGAAGCUGAUCUCUGAUGCUCUCAAGGACACAAACUGUCAUCUACAGAUACUGAGGUUAUCAGGUUGUAUGGUGACAGAUGAAGGAUGUUGUUAUUUGGCUUCAGCUCUGAGUUCAAACCCGUCACACCUGAGAGAACUCGACCUGAGCUACAAUCACCCACAACACUCAGCACUUCAGCUGCUCGCUUAUCAAAGUGAUCCAAACUACACACUCAACAAACUCAAUGUGGAUCAUGGAGGGGAGUUCAGAAUUACGCCAGGACUACACAAGUGUAAGACGCAUGUACACACGCAUUUAGUGAUUGUUGUUUUGUUGCGUUAUAAAUGUCACUACUUGUGUUCAGAUGCCUGUGAUCUCACACUGGAUCCAAACACAGCAAACGAUUACCUUGUGCUGUCUGAUGAGAACAAGGAGGUGACACACGAUGAAAAUUUACAGAGUUAUCCUGAUCAUCCAGACAGAUUUGACAGUCAUCAGGUUAUGUGUCGAGAGAGUCUGACUGGACGCUGUUACUGGGAGGCUGCGACAAGCGGAUAUUGUAUUAUAUCGGUGGCAUAUCAAAGCAUAGACAGGAAAGGAGCAAGUGAUGACUGUGUGUUUGGAUCCACCGUGAAAUCAUGGGGUCUGGAGUGCUCCAGUGACAGAUUCACUGCCUGUCACAAUAAUAAGAAAACAGUCAUUUCAGUACCUUCAUCCUUCUCCAAUCGAGUAGGGGUGUAUCUGGACUGGCCGGCCGGCACUCUGUCCUUCUACAGCGUCUCUGACACACACACACUCACACACUUACACACAUUCAACACAACAUUCACUCAACCGCUCUAUGCUGGAUUUUAUGUGUGUUAUGUCACUUCAGUGUCUCUGUCAAAAAACAAACAGUGAAAGAAGAAAAGAAAUACAUUCACCCAAGCUCUCGGUCUAUCUGUUAAUUAGUGUGAAUUAGCCUUAUCGCUGACAUAUUUGUGUUUAGAGAAUGAUUACAUGGAAGGAUUAAAUAAACAUAAAAGAUUAUGGGGGGGUUUCCAUAACGGAAUUGUCUUGUAACUAAAAUAAAUGUUAGCGCUAUGUUAACCUUUUUGACAUGACGUGCCAUUCAUUUUUACUUGGUAAUUAUUAAAAUUGCCACAUCAACAUUAAGGUUUAAUAUUACCUUUUUUCACAAUAUAACGGCCCAGUAUGUAAUCUGUUUACAUACAUAAAACUAAUCAUUUUUGAAGAACAAUUUUAGUUUUGAGCCACGAAGUAGCAAAAACAACACAACAUAUUGAAUAUAUAAGAAAUUGUGAUAUUUUCCAAAUAAACAACUAAUGCACGACUGACUGUAGUAAACUCUUUUGUUAUUAACAAAAAAGUGUGGUUGUUAAAAGAGGAGUAAUUUUGUGAAGCGCAAGAGUCAAGAGCUCAACUACUGAUCACAAUAAUGGUGACAUCAAAUUAAUCUUGUGUUCAUUGUCAAAAAGGGGUUUGUUAUUUGGUCAAUAAAAGCAAUU